AUGAUGCAGAGACGGAGUCCGCCGAAGCAUAGGCAUGACGGAACGUCGCCGCUUCCUCUGGGGAUGGAUUGGAGUCCUCCGCCGCGCAAAUGGAGUGCUACGAGUCCCAAGUGUACUACCACCAAUUCCAAUGUUGCAGGGUUCAAGCCAUUAAGAUUCUUAUCUUCUUUUGUGCAGAAUGGUAGAGAUACUGUUUGGCCUCACGACCCUCGAACCGGAUGGAGUUAUUGUGUUACAAUACCCUCUUGGGUUGUCCUUCCAAAAUCAAGAAAUUCAGAUCCUGUAGUGAAGUGGAUAACGAAGCUUAUAGAAUUGGCAAGAAGUGUCGUACUUGCAUCCUUUCUUGAACUAGAAGCUGCUGCUAGGUCUGCAUGCCAAGAUGUGGAUCAGAAUGCUUCUGAUGCCAAUAAUGAUAGAAAUAGCACAAGUUCCUCGCCAAUGUUCCACCCAAGUUUGAGCUUGUUUCAGGCUGGCGGCAGUUCUUUUCUCACAUCGGAUUAUGGCAGUGAUACUGCAUAUGAAACAUCGGAGCUUGGAUCACCAAGUUUAGGACAGGAUGAUAUUUCUGAAAUUGAAUCAUCAAAUCACUCAGUGAUGCAUGAUAGAAAAUUUUCUGUUGAGAGUGCUGACGGGUUUGCUCUACACACCGGGGAGACAUCAACAUCUGGUCUCCUAAGUUCAAGCAGUGAUAGCCACCUGGAUUCUGUUAGCCACGAACGAGAGACUUGUCAAUGGAGAAACAGAUAUGGAGGAUCUUAUUGCAAGACUAAAUCAAGAGAUAGCGGUGAAGGAUUAGCGGUGAAGGAUUACCUGAACAAAAAGGUUAAUGAUCUAGAAGGGGAGCUUGAAACUACUAAGCAGAGAAGCAAAGAGAAUUUGGAGCAAGCUAUUAUGACCGAGAGGGAAAGAUUUACUCAAAUGCAGUGGGAUAUGGAAGAACUUAGAAAAAAAUCUUACGAGAUGGAAAUGAAGUUAAAAUCUGGAGAGGAUGGGGGCUCUCAUGCAGAACCCACUGAACUGUCAACUAUUUCUGAGAAAUAUGUUUUGUCGAAAGAAUUGGAUGCCAGAAAACAACAACUAGAAGAUCUCUCUAGGCGAUGUGAAGAAUUAGAGGCAAAAUCAAAAGCAGAUAUUAAAGUUCUUGUCAAAGAGGUAAAAUCUCUAAGGCGUUCUCAUGUGGAACUAGAAAAGGAGCUGACUCAAUCUUUGACAGAUAAAACUGAAACUGAGAAACUACUCCAAGAGGAAAGAAAAGUACUUGAGAACACGGUAGCAGCUAGAAAGAAGCUUCUUAGUGACUGCAGAAUUAUCCACGACCGACUUAAAGAGUACAAUUUGAAUUUGUCAAUGGACGGAAGCGGUAACUUUGUAGAGGAUUCAACUACAGCUCAUCUGCUUGCCGGGUUUGAUGAAAACGCUGCUGCGCAAGGCACCGAUAAAGAUCCCAGCAUCGACACUGAAACAAGAAUCAUGGAGGACGAGCUGAGGAAGAUACUGGCAAAUAUCUUUGUUGAGAAUGCGAAACUGAGAAAACAGGUGAACUCUGCGAUGCUUCGUGCUCUCCAGAAAGACGGAAAGACCACCACCAAAGAUGUGAAUGAGGAAAGUGGUGAUGAGAAAGAGGAGGCACCAGCAGAAACAUUGGACAUAUAG